CUAUCGUCGAGUUUAGCGUUAUUUAUGGCCAGAAAGUGAUAGGAAUUGAAAAGCAGUGAUAAGAUGGCGACUAAACCCUCACUCGUGGCGAAGAUCUCCCAACAGAUCCCAGUUCUGGUUGAGUUAUCGAAGCCAAAGCUGAGGACAUUUGUUCGGUACGCGAAGGUUGAGUUGACUCCUCCGAGUCCGACAGAAAUCCCGCAAAUCAUAAGCGGAUUCACACAACUCGUGAAGAGC